AUGGCAGAGAAGCUAGGCAUUGCUGGAGCCUUGCAGCGCCCUACUACUUCAAUCAUGUUUGGAGAUGCAACUUCUAAGUCUCCUCUUGGAGUGUUCAAGAACUAUCACUUGAAAAUUGGAGAAUGCAUCAUCCAAACUGAUCUCACUGUGAUGGAAAUGGAAGAAGAGAAGGAUCUACCUCUGUUAUUGGGAACCCCUUCCUUAGUUGACAAAGAACCAAGAGUUGGGAAGGAUAAGGAUGAGAGAGGACCAAGGAUUGAGAAGCCACGUCUUGAGAGGGCUAGAGUUGAGAAACCACGAUCUGAUAGGCCAAGAGCUGAUAGACUUGUUCAAGCCCCUUGUGUGCUUGAUGAAGAGAGCCUUCAAGCUUUGUUUGAUGAGCCACUAGGAAGGGCUCUAAAAGAAGGGGAGGAUGUAGCCUCUAAGGCAAGACCAGGAGAUAAAAGAAAGGAUCCACCAGCUCAGGCCCCUUCAGUCAAGCCAUCUCAGCUCACAAUGACCUUGUUCCCCACCAAGUUUGAAAAUGGGAAGAUUGAGUACAAGAUAAGGUACAAGGGGAGAUCAAGGCCAUUCUCUAGAGCCAAGGCCUUGGUGACUUCAGAACAGUCCAGGGACCCAACCAAGCUAAAGGAGCUUCUGUCUCAAGUCCUCACUAUCACCCUUGAUGGUACUUUAGUGAAGAAACAGUGUAACAAGAUGACAAACAGUGAGGGAAGUCGCGCUUCACAGAGGAGAAUGGUUGAGGGUGAAUCAAGCAAUGCAAGGGAGAGAAGGCUUAAGAUGCAAGCCGAUUUGGAGGAUGAUCAAGGAUGGAAGAUCUGA